GAUAGUACUUCCGCAUGGCCGAUUGAUUCCUUUGUUAUUAUUUUAUCUGGUAAUCUCGUUGGAAGCAAAAUGGUUGUAUCUUGUUGUGUGAUCGAUUGCACAAGCAGAUUCGACAAGGAUAACCCAAGCAGCUUUUUUCGCAUCCCAAAUAAACCAGAACCCCGAAGAAAGCUUUGGAUUACAGCCAUAAUGCGCAUGUCUAUCGUCGGACGUCAACAAUGGGAACCUUCAGAUUACGAUCGCGUUUGUUAUCGUCACUUCAUAACAGAUUGAAUGUUGACGAAAAUCGGCUCAAGUUUUGUGUGGCGACUGACAACCUUGCAGCAUCGCCUGAUACAAAGACAGACAAGAGGGAUGGCCGUCGAGAUGGGAAAUCUGAAGUUUUUGGGCAAUGCAUUCGAUUGGAAAUACCAAAAGAUAUUUGGAAAUUUCAAUAUCACCUUAACUUGGUGGACCUUACUCUGUUUACGAAGUGUGUUUUUCGUCAACUCUUAAUAUAAUUAUUGGUGUGAACUCUCCAACUCCACUGAUCUGUACUAACUAACAUCUGAGGAUUUGUAACGCUUAUUCAAGGAGCUGUCCUGUUAAAUCUUUAACAUUCAUAUAGAAAAUCUGCAAGGAUCAGUGUUACUGAAUUUUUCAGGAUUCCAGGAUUUACGUCUGUGCAUUUUGAAGGUCUCCUGCCCAGCAGAUGUUGAACUAUUUCUAUUAUCUAACUUUCAGGGUUUCAUAUUAAUGAGCUUUUAACAAUCUUGUGUGCUAAGGAACUUUUGAAGAAUUAUUAAUAGCAAGAAAUAUUGGUUGAACUUUCACAAAUAUUCUUAGAAAAUUUCUCAUAAAUGUUUAAGGAUUUGUGCUAGCAUAUUUGAAGGAUAUACAAAGUUUAAAGGAUAUAUAUAUAUAUAUUUAACUUUGAAGGAUAUAUCCAUUUCUAGGAUACAUAGCUAACCUUUAAGCAUCUGUGCCAACAUACAUCCAGGGAUACAUAGAUUUACAAGGAUACAUAACAAACAUUUAAGGAUACAACUUUUUUUUAAUACAUAACAAACCUUUAAGGAUAUUUAGCAAAUACUGAAGCUAACAUAUUGAUCCUUCAGAUCUGUUGUUAAACUUGACAAAAUAACCUUAUUUCUGAAUUACUUCAGUAUAAUCAAACCACACAGCUAAAUCGAUUCUAUCUUUGACAUACAUAAACUAUCGUCUACUGCUGUUAACUCGUUUGUAAGAGUUUUUCCUGUUCGUUGGAUUCGGAAAUAAUCGUUCGACGUCGGCGCUUUGUGGGAAUUACUGUACUUGCUAUGGAGCGUAUCUCGGUAAAUCGGUUCUCUUUUCGGCGGAAAGGAAGUUACCGGAAGGACAAAGAUCGCGAAGAAGUGAAGGAAGUUGAAGGAUUUGAUUAUGCGAAGCUGUCCUAUAUAAGUCAGGAGGAUGCUCAGAAGAUAGAUGAAGAACUCUUCACGGAAUAUGCAUUCACUGUCGAGCAGCUUAUGGAACUAGCUGGAUACAGCUGUGCUGUUGCCAUAGCGAAGUGUUUUCCCCUGGAGAAGAUGACAAAGGACAAUGGUGCGGUCCUGGUGUGCUGCGGACCAGGAAACAAUGGAGGCGACGGGUUGGUCUGUGCCAGACAUCUAAAACUGUUUGGCUACCGUCCGUCUGUGUUUUACCCGAAGCAGCCGAACAAGCCUCUGUUUGAGAGUCUGCGGCGACAGUGUGAGGGGAUGGACAUGCCGUUCCUCUCGUUCUUCCCAUCGGUGCCACAGCUCAUCGUCGACGCGUACAACCUCGUCGUAGACGGCCUCUUCGGUUUCAGCUUCAAACCCCCGGUGCGGCCAGAGUUCGCCAUCGUCCUCGACCACUUGAGGUCUAUACAGUCGGAUAUCCCCAUCUGUAGUAUAGACGUCCCUUCAGGUUGGGAUGUGGAGCACGGGAAUCCUGAAGGUCUCCAGCCCGACCUGCUCAUCUCGUUGACGGCUCCCAAGAAGUGUGCCGAGUUUUUCAAAGGCAAAUAUCACUACCUGGGCGGACGGUUCGUCCCAAAGACUCUCGAACAGAAAUACUCGCUCCAGCUACCCCCGUACCCAGGCACAGACUGCGUGAUGGAGCUCAAAACACAGUUCCCUGCCCCUAACGAGGAGAAUCACCAUAAAUAGAAAAGGAGAUAACUGGACUUUUUAAAGGAAAUAUGGAGGGGUAGUGGAGAUAACUGCUUGUGGAUUUUUCUUGAAAAUAUUAGUGGAUAUCUGGGGUUUUAUUUUUAAUGCAUUAUGAUGGAGAAAGGGGAGAUAAUUGCAGAUGGAUUUUUGGAAAAAUUGGGGCACAGCUUUUUAUAUUUUUAAAUGCAACAUGAUGGGGAAAGGUGAGAUAACUGCUUGCAGAUUUUUUUAUAGAAAAAAUAGGGGGAUAACCAUUUAAAUAUUUUUAAAUGCAAUAUGAUGGGGAAAGGGAAGAUAACUGCUUUUAGUAUUUUCAAAGAAAAAUUGUAGAGAAAAAGUAAAUUUUACAGGAUAUAUGAUGGGGAAUGGGAAGAUAACAAAAUUUGCAUUUAAAAGUAAAUAUUAUGGAAGUGAAGAUAACUGUUUUUGGACUUGUUAAGGACAGAUUGGAGAGAGAACUUUUUGUAAUUUUUAAAAGAGAUAUGGGGAAAGGGGAGAUAAUUGUUUUCUUUUAUAAGGAAAUAUUGGGGGAUGGUGGAGGCAAGGAGAUUAAAAUUGUAUUACAAUGGCAGUUUUAAGUACAGAUAAUAAAAUAAAAUAUGAAUAAUGAUACAAAUUGCUGUCGCAAAUCAAUUUUAUUGCUGCGCUGGUGAUUGGCGCCGUGGAUUUCAAGGGUUAAAUCAUAAUUAUAAUCAUAAAAGUGGAUUUCAAAUUUAUUUGGUGGCUGUCCAUUUUGUCUCAAUGUUUAGUGGCCGUAGCAUAUUUUUUAAAAUAACAUUAAAAUGAUAAUGGCCUUAUGAACUAUGAAUGACCAUGGUAUUAUAUUAAGGUAUUAAUUUCAUUUUAAAGGGACUAUUGCGAGUUUGCUGCCAUUGUAAACAUGUUUACGACUAACGGAUCCUUUAUGAUGACUGAAACUGCAUAUUAAAGACAUUUUCUUGUUUAGAAUAUCAGUGUGUGUAUAAACACGGUGUUUGUUGUCAUUCUAAUGUUUGUAGUAGCCCAAACCAGAUUUUUUUUAAAUUUUUAAUUCUGCUUAAAAUAUCAGUUGCUGCUGUAUAUUAAAUGUUUUGAUUGUCUUAGUGUUUGUAUUAUAGGUCAAAUUUCUUUUUAUUUCUUAACAUACAAUUUUUCCUACGUACAAAUUUAUUGGGAGACUUAAAUUCAGUUUGGGCUACAUACAAACAUAAGCAAAACAGACAUGCAGUAAAAGAAGCUAAAAAUCACCCAUACCACCUAGAUGGUUUUAUCGUUGGUUUAAGCUGGAAACCACACAUACCACCUAGUUGGUUUUAUUGUUGGGUUAAGUCGGAAUCCACCCGUACCACCUAGUUGGUUUUAUCGUUGGUUCAUGUACUGUAUUGUUGUUGUUUAGGACUUCUUUUUUUCAUUGUUGAUGGGACAUGACUACACAAGAAUAUUCGACUGUAUAUCAUGUUUGUUAUUGUUUGAAUUAAAUUUGUAUAUUGUAUAAUCUUUUCUGAAUAUACCCUCUUCAGUGAAUGUAUAAAACAAAUAGUUAUGAAGCUGUCCAUUUUUUCUAAAUGUUUUCAGUCUUUUUUUUUAAUUUCCUUUAUUGACAAUGUAUAAAAUAAAUAUGUGAUAAUACUAUGUUUUUUCUUAUCGUAGAUGUUUUUGUUUCCAAGUGUUUCCCAGUUAUACUGUAGUGUUUUCAGAAUAUCUUAUCGACUUUUGAGUGUUUGACGAAACUAGGUAACGCUUAAAUCACUUUUAUGAAAAUAAAAACCUCUAAAAUGAA